AUGGCAGAAGGUCGAAGAGACGACAGUUUUUUGAAAAUAAGUUCAAGCGAUCUCAAGUUUGAAAGAAUAUUAGGAAGCGGUGGUUUUGGAGAUGUUUACAGCGGAAGGUGGAUCAGCCGAUGUGAGAAAGUUGCCAUAAAAAAGCUCCGUAUCGAUGCUAGUUAUAUCACAUUGAACGAAAGAAAUGUGUUUUUUGAAGAAAUGACCAUGAUGCAUCGUAUCCGAUUUCCAUAUGUCCUCAAUGUGUUUGGUGUCUGCUUGGAUCCGGGCUGUUUGGCAAUUGUCGUCGAAUAUAUGUCACUUGGGUCUUUAUAUGAUGUGAUCCGCAAUAAUGACUUGACCUGGCCCGAUCGAUGGUCAAUUGCUAGUCAGAUGACCAAAGGAGUGAAUUAUCUACAUCAGUUCAGCCCGAAUCCCAUCAUUCAUCGUGAUAUCAAAUCGUUUAACUUUCUUAUGGCUUCAGGUGUAAAUGAGAGCAACCAUCGAUUCCAUGUCAAAGUGGGCGAUUUUGGUUUAUCUAGAUUUCGUCCGACGUCCGACUUACAACUGACAGCUGAUGGGCAAUUAGGAACGCUUCUGUGGAAAGCUCCCGAGUGUGUGUUUCUGGGAAUUAUUCUGAUGGGAAAAACACUAGAAAUACCAUCGAAUGUACCAGAUCAUUUCGCGACUUUGAUCACCAGUGCAACCAAGUUCACUCCAGAUGAAAGACCAACCUGUCUUGAACUGUUGAAGUACAUCGAAAACGAUCUGAGACGUCAAGGUUUGUCUGAUUCGAGUACUAGUGAGUCUCAAUCUCGUGUGUCAAAACCGCUUGGUUUGCCAACUGGGGCAACGACAUCCAGUGACCGCCGAACAACCAAGUCUACACUAUCACCGACGAAAACAUAUUCAAAUCGGAAACUUGAGAACACUAUCAAACACACUGAAACAUUUUCAGCAAUUAAAUUAGAAGAUCAAGCAUUUACAAAUGACGAUAUGGUCAUUAUUGGCACUGCAUUAACGAAAAAUCAAGCUUGUCAAGAUCUGGCUCUUCGAAACAGUGAUAUUACCGCCAUAGGUGUGACGUUUCUAAGCUUAGGCCUAGCCACCAACCGUACAUUGACAUCGUUGGACUUGAGUGAAAAUCCUCUUGAGUCGGUGGGUGUUUCGAAUCUUGCUCGUACUCUUCAUUUUAAUUCAACGCUGACAACGCUUCGGUUAAAUUCGACCAAUAUGCGUGAUGAUGGUCUAAAAGAACUCAGUAACAUGUUUCUGAUCAAUCGCACACUGGAAUUUCUGACGAUAUGCGACAAUCAUCUUACUUACGUCGGGGUGCGGGUUCUAUGCGAUGCACUGGAAAACAACACGUCUCUCCGACGUAUCGAUAUGAGCAAAAACAAAGUGGACGAUGAAGGAGCGGCUUCUAUCGGGCGAUUGUUACGUCGCAAUAGUACACUCUCGAGAAUCUCCAUGGACGAAACGGAAAUUGGUGACGAUGGCUUGAGAUCAAUAUCCCAUGCUCUUGAAAAGAAUAAUACUCUGCGACAGAUAAGCCUUGCCAACAAUUUAAUCACAGAUGGUAGUAUCCAGAUGAUUAUUGUCAUAAUUGAGACAAAUCGAAGUUUACGAUCACUUGAAUUACAGUCCAAUAAGUUAUCUUCAAAGGGCAAGUCCAAAAUUCGCAAAACAGCUGCACAAUCUAGAUGCGAUGUAGUGCUCUCUGAACGAGAAUAA